AUGCAGAGUCCGGGGCCGCCAGGCUGGAGCGUUUCUCGCUCGAGCAGCGGCGGCCUUUUCGCCUUCGCUCCACAAGUGGACCACCGCCAUCAAGGCUGGCGACAUGGAGACGUAGAUGUCGAUGCAAGCGAGUGGAAGAACCAGCAGCAUGAAUACAGCACGCGGAGACGUGCGCCAACAGCUUGCGAUAUGUGUCGUAGAAGAAAGAUCAAGUGCGAGCUCGAGGGCUCCGCCAAUGUAUGCGUUCAGUGCACCCAGCGCAAGACCAGAGCGCAACAUGUGAGAUACUUAGAGACGCGCUUGAAGCAGCUUGAGUCUUUGUUACGGACUGCCGGUGUUCUUCCUCAGGACUAUAUCAAUGAGGAGCACUCUCGCCAGGAUGAUGAAGAGCUCUUGGAUUAUGAAGAUGAAAAUGACAGUGACGAUGACGACGAUGACGAUGAUGAGCAAAAGACUGUCACUCCCAAUUCAUCAACCUCGUCGCACUCUGAGACCAAACGGAAUGAGGAUUCUCCUGCGCCUCACCUCUCGCUGCUCAAAUCGUGGCUGGAAGGGGAGCCACGAUAUUUUGGUCACGCGUCGAGUCUAUCCAUUUUGUCUCAAGAAGGGAUCCAGUGGAUCAGGGAAAAAUCAGGCGAGACCGAUUUCCCCAACACCCUCCUUUCCCAGCCAUGCUGGCAAACGAGACCGGGGGGCCAAUGGCGGCCGGAUGUGUUUCACGACAUCUUCUCGUGCCGAGUCUACAAGGCCCUGCCACCCCGGUCAGAGGUUUUCGCCCUCCUGAAAACCUACUUUCAGACCAUUAACCGGAUCUUCCCCGUCUACCAUGAAGAGUCCUUUAUGCGAAUGCUGGAAUGGCAGUACACUCAGCAGACUUGCACCGAUGUCGCCCGAUGGGCGAGUAUUAACAUUCUGCUGGCCCUCAGCUACCGAUACCGGCAAAGCCACGGCCCACGGCCGGAGAAAGACAACGAGAAAGCCUGGCUGUAUUUCAAAAAUGCUGCCUCCGUCCUGACGGAGCUGAGCUUGCGGCGUAGCGAUCUCCUGAGCAUCCAGGCGUUACUGGCUAUGGCCAUCUUUCUUCGAGGCAACUGUGGUCUUGGGGCAACGGUUCCUGUCGUCACGGCGGCGAUUCGAUCCUGCCACUCAUUAGGUCUCCAUAAACGUUUGCCUCGCUCCGAUCUGUCACCAGUAGAGCAAGAACAAAGAAAGAGGGUUUUCUGGAUUGCCUACUUUUUUGAUCAAACCAUCUCGAUCAACGUAGGGACGGCUGCGCUGCAGGAUUACGAAGAUUUCGACGUUGACUUGCCAAGCGACGAUCUUUCGGAAGGAGCAGCAGUGUCGGAAAUGGGCCGACAGAACUGCGGCGUGCGCUACUUCCGGACCUUAUGUCAGCAUACGGUUAUCAGGAGCCGAAUUUACAAGGAAUUGUAUUCGACAAAGGCCCUUACCAAGUCCAUUUCCGAGGUUCGUGCGACAGUGAACAAAUUGAGCGCAGAAUUGGAAAAAUGGAAGCGAGACAACCCGUAUAUCAGCGUACCAUCGUCCGCAGAUGCCGCGAAAGAUGAUGUGGAGUUGAUUUCGAGAAUCGGGCAGCGCCUUUCUUAUUAUAACUCGUUAAUUAUAAUCCAUCGGAUGCCUUUCUUACAUGAAGUGCUAGUCUGGAGGGGUCACCCGUCCCUUUCGGGUCCCAAUGUCGAUUACAAAUCCAUCUAUGGCGAGUCUUAUGAGUCGAUUCAGUUAUGCGUCCAGGCGGCACGAGACUCACUAAAACUGAUCAAUCAGCUGCCCUGGAGAGAUAUCGGAUACGCCUGGUCUCUUUUGGAUUAUCUUUUUGUUGCGGUCAUGAUUGUCUUUGGCAGCAUCCUCCGGGAGACGAAGGACCCCAAGACGCAGGAGGAUCUCAAAUUGCUGAACACGGCAGUGACUUACUUUAACACGCUUGCUCCUCAGAAUGGUCGGUCCAAGACGGCCAAGUUCAUGGCCACGAUGAGCUCUAUUAUGGAACGGGUAGCCAAGAAAGUGGUCGAAAAGGAAGCGAACGAGACGAAAGCUCCGAACAGUGUUUCCACGAAACAGCAAGGCUCAACGGGACCUGCUGCCAGCACAGAUGGCGAUGUGCAGAUUCCUGAUAUUGAGGGGUUCCCCCCGGUGAAUUCAUCCGGCUACGUUGUUCCAGGAAGUCCUUCCGAACAGUGCUCGUCGUCGUUCGUUCCAGGGAGUAUACCUCCUGCAGAUGUCGAUACGACAGUUGAUAUGACCGGUUUAAGACCACCGCAAGAUAUAGACCAGCUGAGCACUGCCCCCAGCUAUCCGUGGCUUCUUCCGGAUGCGUAUUCUUCGUUCGCCAACGACCGGUCCGUUCCGUCCGAGCUGUGGCAGAUCCCCAUUACGGCUGAGUGGCAGCUUCUCGAUCAGUUUCCAGAACUGCAGACCAACCCAAUGUCGCAGACGAUGGAGCAGGGCGUGGAUGCCAAUGCUGUUCCAGAUAUGGGGCAAGACCUAUUCAAUCAAACUGGGUGGCACUGUUAUGGAUAG